AUGGCCGUCGGUCUAUUCAUCACGAUUCUCCUCCUUUUCCAUCAAAUUUCUUCGUCGACUCAACAAAGCGUUCAAGUGGAUCAAUUCACAUCUCCGAAUGAUCGAGAUGAGAUUCUGUCUCGUGAUCGUCGUACUUUGAACAGUAAAAAGGAUUGUCGGGAUACCGUCCUCUUGGGAUCUUGUCGAAGAGAAUUGAAUCAAACCCAACAAGAACUCGUCGAGGCUCGAGGAAAAAUCUGCGGACUCGAGACGGAAAUUGAAUGUGAACAAAAAGAAAGGAAUGAUGAAUUCACGAAGAUCAACUCGAAAAUCUCGCAAAGUGAUGAUCGAUCGACGAAGAUUGGUGCUGAUUUGAAAGCCGAGAUAGAUUACAAAGUCGCCGAAAUGUCAAGGACCAUCUCCGCGAGAAUGGCUCAAAUUGAGACGGAUUUAAUGGGGAAAAUCACGAAGUUGGAGGCCGAUUUGGUUGACGGAAGGCUGAGAAAUCGAGAAUUGGAAAGGAAAAUGGCCGAGACGAAAAGGAAGAACGACGAUCUCGAAGCACAAUUAAAUCGGACGAGGACUUUCUUGGAUCUGGAUGGAUGGUCGUAUUUGGCAAAAACCGCUUCUUGGUACAAGGGGAUCGAACAAAAAAUGAGAUUUGAUGCAGCCGAGGCAUAUUGUGCUAGUCGAAAGAGCCAUUUAGUCAGAAUUCACAGUCAGGAAGAGCACGCUUUUGUUUGGGAACUCGCGAAAACUGUUGUUUCGAAUGCGUGGUUCUGGAUCGGACUGAAGAGAAAUCCGAACAGAGGAAAUGCUUUUGAAUGGACGGAUGGAAGCUGGAUGGGUUUCACGAAUUGGGAUGAAGGACACCCGGAUUCGUACACCCACGCUUUGCUUCAUAGCUCCAAGGGGAAAUGGCAGGCCGGGUCUCCAACCUUUCAUUGGCCUUUUAUCUGCAAAAGGAGCUCUCAAUUC